UCUUGAAGCGAUUGGUUGCUCAGGUCCUUCGAAAUGCAUCUUCCUGUCGUCCUCAACUUAUUGCAGGCUUCCCUCUCGUCGUUUACUGGGCUACUUGACUUCGACCCUUCAGCGAACGUCAGCCCGUAUGACUUGGACAGGCUUGCUACCCUAUCACCAUACCAUGAUAGGGCACAUGUCCCAGGAGUGGCAGCUGAACUUCCAAGUGACUGUACUGUGGAUCAGGUCGUGCUGGUAUGUUGUGUCUUGCGCCAUGUGUUAUACCGUUAAGUUGGUAUCCUCAGCUCCAUCGCCAUGGUUCUCGUGGUCCCGAGUGGGAGGAUAAAUUUAUCCAAAAGUUGGUUGAAACUUUGGACAAUUCUUCGCAAGGCAUCGGCAGAGCUCACUUACCGCAGAACUUGCGGUUCCUGAAGGAUGGGUAUAAGUCGGAUUUGGUACCACACGAGUUAACUAUCGUAGGCCGCCGACAGUUGUUUGACUACGGUGCAGAUUUUGCAUUGCAGUACCCAACCCUAUCAACGGAUGUGGUACUCUCCAGUCCUGUGCAAAGAGUCGUAGAUUCUUCCCGUUACUUCGGACAUGGAUUUUUCGGUGGCGAUGUGGAUACAGUGGAGUUUAUGACCGUGGACGAGCUUGAUGUCCCUGUUAAUUGGAUAACGCCUUGGAAGUCGUGUUCAAAGUACAGUGAAGCCAAGGGCCAUGCAGCUGCUUCCGCGUGGGCGAGCAAGUACGUCCCCCCAAUUACUCAACGGUUGAGUAGACACCUUGGUGUCGAGCUUUCCGAUGACGAUAUUCGUGGCGCGUUGUUUGCUUGCCCUUACGAUCUUGCUGCUCAUAACGAGUCCCCGUGGUGUGCCGCGUUUCAUAAUCACGAGCUCAGAAGCCUUGAGUACGAAUAUGAUCUCCUUAUGGAUAGAAUCAGUGGUCACAUGUCCAACAACGAUCCAGGACCGGUUCUUGGUUCCGUGUACGUGAACAAACUCAUUGAACGCUUCACAAAUGCCACCGGUGAUGCAAAAGAACUCUAUUUAGAAUUUGGUCACGAUACAAGCAUCUUACUUGUGCUAUCUGCAAUGGCAUUGAACAAAGACGCAACGCCGCUCCCCGUAGAUCACAUUCGUGUCCACCGCAAGUUCCACACCUCUGAGCAGACCCCCUUCGCCGCUAGGAUGGUCUGGGAGAAGUUCUCUUGCAAGAAAUCUUUCCAUGGCCCUCAAAUUCGCUUGCUUUUGAAUUCAGCGACAUACCCAUUGACUACCUGCCAGAAGUCUUUCAAGGACAAGGAAUUCGGGAGUUGCUCGCUGAAAGAGUUUAUAAGUGUAAAUCAAUUCAACGUGAACAUUCAUUACGGUGACGAAACCUGGAAUGCUACUUGCGUCGAUUAAACGUCGAGAUACGUUGUUUAGGCGCAGCGUUUGGCCCCGGGGACAAUGCAUUGUAUAUAAAGGAAAACAGUUGUUACUUAUUUUGAUAAUCCACUUUGUGUGUGGUGCCGAUUACGACAGGCGCCAAUAGUCUCCGCAUUCAAUAGGAAGUAGUAUUUUACAGCGACACUGAUAUAAGUUCAUGGAUACAUGUAACAAGAGACGGACCAAGCAAACGACAAAUUCACCAGCUCACCAUCCACCCUGGUCCCAACCACUCGAGUUCUGAAUCAUGGCAGCACGCUGUGGGUUCAUGCCCGGAGGAAUGUGAGGUGGAGGCUGUCCCAUUUGCGGAGGUGGGUGCGGGUGUGCAUAUGCGGAGGGCGUCUGAUAACCGAAAGGGGGUUGAGUUGGUAUCCCGUAACUAGAACUAGGGAUA